AUGAAGCUCGUGGUCCUGCUUUCGGCGUCCGUCGCCGUGGCCCUUGCAGCCCCUCAGGGGUACUCUCUGUCCUCGCCUUCUGGACCUGGAUUUUCUCACGGCGGUAGCAGCGGUGGUGGAGGCGGUGGGUUCUCCAGCGGUGGAGGUGGUGGAUUCUCCAGCGGUGGAGGUGGUGGAUUCUCCAGCGGCGGAGGUGGUGGAUUCUCCAGCGGCGGAAGUGGUGGAUUCUCCAGCGGCGGAGGUGGUGGAUUCUCCAGCGGCGGAGGUGGUGGAUUCUCCAAUAUGGAGGAGGAUGCAGGGAUGGAGAGGUUCAACACGUAGACGGCUCGUGCGUCAGACCUAUAAUCUCGCGAAACGUCUACGUUUACGACGCUCCCGACCAACCUCAGCAGCCAAGCGGUCCCCCACCGAGCAUCCCGCCGCCGAAAGUCGAGCACAACAUUGUUUUCGUCCGCCUUCCAGAGCAAGCCGAAGGACCUGACCCCGUCAUCGUUCCUCCACCAAGGCAGGAGAAUAUCAUCUACGUCCUGAACAAGAACGACGGCGGAGGAGGCCAGCGGGUGAUCGAAGUGACAGCUCCUCCUCCUUCCGAUCCUGAGGUUUACUUCGUCAACUACGCCGAUGGUGAGAAUCCCCAGCUGCCCAUUGGUGUGGAUCUCCAGACUGCCCUCCAAGCCGCUGCUGACGGCGGUGGCCAGGUUAUCGGCGGCGCUGGUGGGGCAGGAAGUGGAGGAUUGGGUGGAGGCGCAGGUGGAAUUGGAGGUGGUUCAGGAGGUGGAUUCGGAGGCGGUUCAGGAGGUGGAUUCGGAGGCGGUUCAGGAGGUGGAUUCGGAGGCGGUUCAGGAGGUGGAUUCGGUGGCGGUUCAGGAGGUGGAUUCGGAGGCGGUUCAGGAGGUGGUUUCAGUGGAGGCUCAGGCGGUGGAGCCCCAGGUGGAGACUACAGCCCUCCUAGUAACACUUAUUCCGGGCCUUAGGCAAAUAUUUACCUGGACAAGUUCACAGAUGAUACCAUUAUGGUCAUCAAUUCUUUAUAAUUUUAAUGUACUGCUAUUUUUUUACUGUUUUAUUGUUGAUUCUUCUACAAAUAUAUAUCAUUUCAAAUGACUACGCUAUAUUUUCCUCUCCUUCGUUCCCAUAC